UUGGUCCACACACUGUCAUAAGGAGGCCGGAUCUGUCGCUGAUUGGUUGAUGAGCUGCGCCGCUGAGGAAUGCUGGGUGGAGGGAGAACAGGAAGACCUCCGGGGCCCCGCUACUAUCUCACCUCCCAUUGGACCGCCUCGUAUUUAUUUUUGUAUAGGCGGCCCGUGAUUGGUCGGUGAUUACGUGAUGCAGAGGAUGUUGCUCGGCGCUGGGUGAUGUGGGAGUGUGGAGGGGAUUGAGUCGCCGGUAACCGGGAAAUACGGAGGGAAUGGCGGCGGCCGCCGCUCCCUCUGCGGCUCCCGCUGUCCCUCCUCCUCCGCCCCCGCCUCCUGCCCCGGGCACCGGACGGUUACCCAGCCGUGUGCUGGAGCUAGUCUUCUCCUACCUGGACCUGUCAGACCUCCGGAGCUGCGGCCUGGUGUGUAAGCACUGGCAUCGCUGCCUGCACGGCGACGAGAACAACGAUGUGUGGCGGAGCCUGUGCCUGCGGACGGUCAGCGAGGAGGCGCUGCGGACUGACGUGCUGUGUAACCUGCCCACCUACAAGGCGAAGGAGGUGGUCUCUCCAAGGGUGUCAUGGUCUCAAGGAAAAACACUUACGGUACGAGCCUUCCAGCAUGGCUUCAGCUCCAACGAUUGCUCUAGGAAUGUUUACAUUAAGAAGAAUGGUUUUACUCUGCACCGGAAUCCAAUUGCUCAGAGCACUGACGGGGCACGCACCAAAAUUGGCUUCAGUGAGGGUCGGCAUGCCUGGGAAGUAUGGUGGGAAGGGCCGCUUGGCACAGUGGCAGUUAUCGGCAUUGCAACAAAACGGGCUCCCAUGCAGUGUCAGGGUUAUGUGGCGCUCCUCGGAAGUGAUGAUCAGAGUUGGGGCUGGAACCUAGUUGAUAAUAACCUAUUGCACAAUGGAGAAGUGAAUGGGAGUUUUCCACAAUGCAAUAACGCACCCAAAUAUCAGAUAGGUGAAAGGAUCAGAGUAAUCUUGGAUAUGGAAGACAAGACCUUGGCCUUUGAGCGUGGCUAUGAGUUUUUAGGAGUGGCAUUUAGGGGACUUCCAAAGACCUGUCUAUAUCCAGCAGUCUCUGCAGUGUACGGAAACACAGAAGUGACUUUGGUCUACCUAGGGAAACCGCUGGAUGGAUAACUCUUCUCCAGAAGAUGGCCGUGGCCAGACAGGAGGGGCUGUGCAUGCAAUGGAGCAGAAGGCGCCCCCGCUCUGCGGGUACCCACAGGACAGAAGUGAUCGGGGGAUCAUCCUUCCUUACUCAAGACUUGGAAGGCUUUCCACCUCAUCCCAGUGUGAUCUGGGAGAGUCUGUGGGUUGUUGCUGUGUGUAUGGCGACUAUGGGUUGUAUUUUUUAUCCCAGUUGUUGACAGUCUGUUAUUGUGUCGGUUUGGUGAUUGUGCAAUGGAAACCAGUGUUCUUAGCUAACAGAUGCAGGGAUGAGGGGAGCAAAGUAUAUCGCUCCUUCUUUCUAGAGGGAUCUCCUGUUUGGUGUUUGUUUUUUAAUCUCUUUGUUCAAUGCCCUAGCUGUAACAUCUGCCAUAGGGUUAUAUGAUUUUUAUCCAUGCCACUGUUUUUAAACCUCUAUUUUAAGUGGUAUCUCUAGGGUACUUUUGGGUACUUUUUUUUUUUUUUAAACACAAAUCGAGCUGCCAUCCCCACCGUGUGUUUAUAGAUGGCUCACUCAGGUGGGGUUUCUUUAAAGGGAAGCUAUAAUUUUAGCAUUUUAUCAGUGACAAUAGACCUUUUGUUUUAUGGAGCAAGGUUCUAGUUUAAAUAAUAUCCUAUUUAAGGGUCUAUCCGCAUGUACAGUAUCCUGCGUAGGAUUUGAUGCUGCAGAUUUGUUGCAGUGUUCAAUCAUUUAGUUUACAUUGAAAUCUGCAGCAUCCUAUAGGCGCAGGUGACUGUACAUGUGAAUACACCCUAAAGGGACAAUCCAAGAAAAACUAAUGCUGUGUUUUGUCUCAUGCAGGGUCUGGGGGAGGAGGUGUAUGGCUCAGGGAAUCAAAGUAUUUACAAAAUCCCUCUGUUGUAUACUGCCCCCUUCAGUUCUGCACUUUACCAUACCGGACACUCCAGCUUAUGUUAAGUAUAACUUAAAGGGGUAUUCCAGGAAAAAAAAUUUUAUAUAUCAACUGGCUCCAGAAAGUUAAACAGAUUUGUAAAUUACUUCUAUUAAAAAAAUCUUAAUCCUUUCAAUAAUUAUCCGCUUCUGAAGUUGAGUAGUUGUUUUCUGUCUGGCAACAGUGCUCUCUGCUGACAUCUCUGCUUGUCUCGGGAACUGCACAGAGUAGUAGAGGUUUGCUAUGGGGAUUUGCUUCUAAACUGGACGGUUCCCGAGACAGGUUUAAUCAGAGAGCACUUAGACAGAAAACAACAAUUCAAAUUCAGCAGCUCAUAAGUACUGAAAGGAUUAAGAUUUUUUAAUAGAAGCCAGUUGAUAUAUAUAAAAAAAAUUUUUUUCCUGGAUGACCCCUUUAAAGGGGUACUCCGGUGGAAAACAAUUUAAUUUAUUUUUUCAAAUCAACUGAGGCAGAAAGUUAAAACAGAAUCGUAAUUUACUUCUAUUUAAAAAUCUCAAUCCUUCCACUACUUA